AUGGGUAACUUUUUGCGGAGAGGAGAAAUAGGAAUGCUUUUCUGGUCGUGUACAGGGGAAAGAGUAUUUUUAUGCAUCGGCAAGUUUGCUGGUCACUCUCUUCUGGAAAGUCGGGCAGCGAUGCAAAUAGCCGCUC